UUGCAGAACGCUCACUUGACGUCGGCACAAAAAGAGAAAGUUAAACAGUAUACAGCAGAAUGUAUAAGAGAAACAGGUGUGAAACUCGAAGUUCUAGCUGAAGCAAAGAAGGGGAAUCUUAAUGACGACGAGGGCUUAAAGAGAUUUAUUUUCUGCUUCUUCCAAAAAUCUGGAAUCGUAACAGCUGAUGCAAAAUUAAAUAUGGAAGUAGCCUUGUCUAAACUACCAAAAGACAUAGACAAAGUGGCUGCAGGAAAAGUCCUCAGUGAAUGUAAGAAUAAGAAUGGUAAAAAUCAUGCUGACACAGCCUUCCAAAUAUUCAAGUGUUAUCAUAAAGCAACAAAACAACACGUAUACGUGAAAUUAGAUCCUGCGAAAUUUCCAGAUCUUUAUAAUAUAUUUAUGGAUUGCACAGCUAAAACUGGAAUUGAUUUAGAUAAUGUUCAAAGAAUAAUUAAUUGGAACUUUAAGAACGACGAGGUGGUUAAGAAAUAUUUGUACUGCCUCACAAAGAAUUCAGGUUACGGUGACGACAAAGGUCACUUUGUAAAAGAAAAAAUGCUUCAGAUAGUUGGUAAUCAUCCACGUAGAAGCGAUUUUGCCAACACCAUAGAUGAAUGUAAUAAAGAAAUGGGAAGUGAUAACUAUGACACUAUAUAUAGAACUGUGAUUUGUUUCCGCAACAAAUCUCCCAUACUAUUUAAAACAUAA